AUGCUUCCCGAGGAGGAUCUUGCGCGCGUGAGGGAGCACAUCGCCCGGGCGGUAGCCGAGCGGAUGGUCGAGGACACGGCGAUUGAUUGGACGGUCGUCAGGCAGCUCGACAGGCCUAUCCUUCGCGUCCAGGCCUGCCUCCAGGAUGGCUCGAAACAGACGGCCAACCAGUCCAUACCCGGGCCCAUCAUCACCCAUCUCAUAGACCUGUCAGGGAUCGUGCACCCGAGUCGCGCGUCGCCGGAAGCCCCUGAGAUGCUCCGCGGCGGCAGCAACAACAGCGUCAUCCAGCCGCAAAUGCACACAGGCAACCAACAGCCAUCAGCAGCAACCACAUCUACGCCAGCUGCCAUCGUACCUGAUGACGGCAGGAUUACGCCGCCCGAGUCCGAAGUAGUCUCCAGCGGCGAUGGGACGCCUGCACCCGCUGACCAGGUCGCGGAAGCUUCGACUGCUCAGUGGACCUCGAAGACGAGCCCACCAGCCAAAGGCAGAUAUCCAGCGGCGACAAGUUCCCGACGCCGGAAGCAGCAGCCCACUGGCCACGUCCUGCAGCCCUCCACCCUCGACAAGCUGAUCCGCGGAAUCUGGGAGCAGAUCCACGGCAGCCUUAGUCUGGAUCCCCAGAACCUGCUCGAUCAAGUCCAGCUGCGGCCGGUGGAGUCGGCCCCAUUCGAUGAGGUGAAUUCCAAGCUGGGCCUCGUGCUGCAGCCGGGCGGUCAGGGAAGCAUCGUCCAGGACAGCGUCUACGACAGCAGCCGGCCCCGUUGGGUCGAGCAUUUCGACGCCUACGUAGACAGCCUGGCGGCGAAUGACCUGUCCACACCUCGGAGCAGGUUCAACAAGGCAGCGCUGAUGGAGGCGUGCUCCGACUUCGGGUGGUCUGAGAAGGAACUACGUAACAAGAUGUCCAUCUGGCGCGGUUACAUCGAGAUCCAGCAAGCCGGCGGCUGGGCAGCACUCGUCUUUGCAGGCAUGGGCAUCUACAGAUUCUGCAAGUAUCGAAUCGGCUUCGACAAGGACAGCAUGCAGCGACUGCGCAACCUCCGACCGGCCAUCGAAGUCGCCGCCGACACCCUGCACCCAAACUGGAGGCAGUUGCUCACGGCCAUAGGGGAGCCAUCGAAACAAAUAUACCGAGGUCAUCCCCACGACUACGUGAUCUGUCUGGACGGCUCGCCUCCCAUGCCGCUACGGGCGACAUACCUGCAGUGGGACCCCAACUUUUCGUAUCAGCACAUUGAGGAGCCCGUCAUCGAUGAGCACGCGUGGGGCUGCGACGACCCGCGGUGGACGCCGCCGACAACGAGCAGCAGUGUCGAGCCGUCCGCGCUUCCCCUCUGCGACACGUGCGGCAAGGAGCAGUCCGACGACCCGAAGCAGAACUGUUGCUUCUGCUUCCCCACCCUCUUCGGCGCGGCCAGGCCGCUGCCGGCCCCUGUGCUCAUCUUCCGCACCGCGGAUGGCCGCAACAACGGGCUGAUGGCACUCUGCGCGUUCGAGCGCGGCGCCCCCGUCGGGGAGUUUGUCGGCGUCGUGACAAAGGGCCUGUCGGACGUUGAUGUCAUGGAAAGUGCGGUGGCGGCCAGCACCGACAAGUAUCAGAUAUGGCAGGGCAGACAGGGUAACUUUACGCGCUUUGUCAACCACAGCUGCAAGGCCAACGCGCAGUACCAGCGCUUCACCUGGCUGGGCACGCAGCGCAUUGUGCUCGUCAGCAAGGGGAUCGAGGCCGGCAGCGAGAUCAGUGUCGAUUAUAGCGACAAGUACUGGAGGGGCCUGGACAAGAAGUGUCUCUGCGGCGAGAGCUGUUGCCGUUACCGUCGUGAUGAGACGGAUGCCCGCUCUUGA